AUGCCUGAAAAAACCGUUGGCACUGCAGUUGUGAUCGCCAGUUUGUUUUGGGCAGUGAGCCAUUCACAGAAGCGUGGCAGCACGGUGUCCAGGGCGCACGCCAUACUCAAGGACCUGUUUCGACAGCUAGCUUCUGACGGGAACUGGAAAGUGGUGAUUAGUGAUUUGCAGCACUUCACCCCUCGGGCGUGUGUGGUGACCUCGGACGGGGGCAUCAGGGGGGAAUGCUUGUGGGAUCACUGCGGUGGCCGGCACGAGACAUGCCGGUUGCUUUGGCAGCAGAUGUUGGAGGAUGAACGCAAUCCCACGGUGCGGACUCCCUUUGGCUUUCCUGACCUUGCAGACGUGAUUGCCUUUGCUUACAACAAGACACAGGAUGAAACGGACGAAGCUGUCAGAUGCUUGCGGUGCGUGGUCAACAGCCUUCUUUCUCAGCUGGCUCAGAUACCCAAUGCAUGCGUCUGGCAACCAGUGGACUGGAGCGACCACGUCAUCAAAGAGCUGUUCAUUUCUCGUGCGCUUGGAAAUUGGCAGAUGGCGCCGUGCCACUUCGCCUAUCGCGAAAUGGUGGCCAGCAUAGUGACAUACGCGGCACGCAUGCGUGCCGAGUUUGCUGACCAACAUGUGUUUCACGCCCCUGGAAAGCUUUGGGCGGCUUUGGACCUCCACUCGCCUACCCCUCCGAUGUUGCCGGUGAUGGCCGCUGUGCAGCUGGAAGCACACACACUGGCUUCGGAAUCCCUUGAGACGGCCACAGACAUGUCUCGGGUCGUCCGCCGCCGGACAGAGGACCCCAGCAUUGCACGGCACACCGACAGCCUCGCUAGUUCAGCUGGCUCUUUGGAGGAAGCUUGGUCAAUGCUCCGGGAUAUUGUGGGUCCAGUGAAUCUGCAGGUCUGUAUGUGGGCAUCAGUGCACGCGGUCUCCAGCAUGUGCACGGGCGCUUACACCGCCGAGCUUGCACUUGCAGUGUGCUCGGCCGUCAUCAACAGGACUGACUAUUUGGAGCAAGAUGUCGCGAUGAAGUCCGACAUGCAGGAUAUGUGUCCGGAGGGUACCAUUAGCCCUGAUGCCUGCUUUUUGUCUGACAUGAAGUCUGAGAUGACACUUGAAUUGCUCGUGUUCCAUUUUGCAAAAACCAUGCAUGGAUGCUUAGGUUUCCAAGCCAACCGAGAUGCUGCGAUGAGAUCUCCCUUCGUGGAGAAGCUUUGGUGUGUCACGCACCAAAGGUACUGCCCAUUGCCAGAAGUUGAUUUGGACAUGAGCGGUUUGCCAUGCACCGACAAUUCGAGGGCCAAAGCUGGCCGAUGCUUUGAAGAGCGACCUACAGGACCGUUAUUCGUGAUAUGGGCAGCUCGUCUUCGGCGGCACCAGGUUCCCUUCGCCAUUCUAGAAAACACCCCAGACAUGCACCUGGAAGUGAUACAAAGUUUGCUGGGUGACAUGUACGGAAUCUUUCCGUUGCAUGUGGACAUGGCGGAUGUUGGGCACAGUGGCGCAUCGCGCCGAAGGCUCUACGUCAUCCUUGCUCACAAACAGCAUUGCAGGACGCUGGCCAGCCCAAAGGAGGUCUACGACCAGGUCAGCAAACGCAUCCGCGCCGCUUGCCACACCAGGCCGUCUGAUUACCUUACAGCAGACACACUGGAGGUGCAGUGUGAAGCUAUGGAGGUCGCACGCACCCUGUCUCAAUUGGCAGUAGAGCUUUAG